AUGGAUAUAGAAUGCGCCCGAUUCCGCUUUCGCGGAUCUAUAAUAGAGACCUGCUGGUGCUCCAAAGCUAUGAUCAAAGAUAUAGUCGCUGUAUUUCAAUUGCGAGGCCGCAAACUCUAUGGGAUUCUGGCGGAGCCACAAUCGCCUCUCCUCCGCGACUGGGCCCGCACUGAAAAUCUUCUAUGGGCCCAUGACGAUGGUUCUUCGUUGCACAUGCUGCAAAGCGAGCAUCAGGUCCCAUUGCUCAACGGUCCCCACUGGCCUGAUUGCGUAGAAAGAAUACUGGCCAUCCACUCUUUUCCCGAUGGACAAGUGUGUAUCGGAGUCAAGUGGAAGAAUGAUGAUGUUCCUACCUGGGAAAGGGAGGAGAAUCUUCUAGCAUUGCUCGACUCGACGGCGGAAUGUCUGCCUGCCGUCCUCCAACGACAGCUCAUCGACCCAUUAUAA